CGGUAGACUACCAAACAAGCUCCGGAUCUUCGUACAUCCAUACUACCCUUGCUCUUUUCAUUUUUUGACCGUGGACGGUGGAUCUCGCCUGAUCGCAUUGCCCACCUCGUCCUAGUUCUGUCGUCCUUUAUGACUUACUCCCCGCCCGCCAAUAUCUACGUUUAAUUCUUUCUCUUGGUCCUUCGCGCGGCAAUCAGGACGUAGAAAGACUCCGCCUCUCACUCGAGACUUUCCCUACUUCGCCAUCCUUUCCUUCGUCUCCUGCUGGCUCAGAUCGCUCUUUUUUUGGUUCGGUUUUGUUUACUUCUAGGUGCGCGACGUUGGAUAAUACGCCCUUUUUAAUAGUCGGAAAUUUUUGAAGAGGAACAACUACGGAGGGCGACUACUACAUAGAACAGCGUUGGAAAUCGAUAUCGAUCAGUCCGUCCAUUCACUUCGAACGCCCUCGCCAAUAGUCGCCGUCUGGAAAAGGCACAGAAUCGCGUCGCAGGUCGACACACUUUUAAUUUAAAUUUAUAUCCCGGGUAGGAGAAAGAGACAUUGGUUAGCAUAAUGGCUGUCGGCGAACUGGUGAAGAAGCAGUUUACUGCGACUAAACUCAUAUUCCAUAUCUUAUUUUGGGGGGUUCACUGGUUCUUCUUUGGUUACGGAUGGUGGAAACAGGCUCAAGACCCCAAGUUAGCUGGUCUGAACACACUAUCAUGGUCUGUGUGGCUAUCUCGAGGUGCCGGUUUAGUUUUGGCGAUUGAUGGGACGUUGAUUUUACUACCCGUGUGCCGAACAUUUGUACGAUGGAUACGACCUAAGAUCAGGUUCCUGCCCCUAGAUGAGAACAUUUGGUUCCAUCGUCAGGUUGCCUAUUCCAUGCUGCUUUUCACCGUCAUCCACGUUUCUGCUCACUAUGUCAACUUCUAUAACGUGGAGAAGACGCAGAUUCGACCAGUUACCGCAGUUGAGAUUCACUAUGCUCAACCUGGUGGCAUUACUGGUCAUGUAAUGCUCCUCUGUAUGUUAUUGAUGUAUACCACUGCUCAUCAUCGCAUCCGCCAACAAUCAUUCGAGAGUUUCUGGUACACGCAUCAUCUUUUCAUUCCGUUCUUCCUUGGACUUUAUACUCAUGCCGUUGGUUGCUUCGUUCGCGACACCGCUCUGCCCUUCUCUCCAUUUGCUGGUGAUAUCUUCUGGGAACACUGCAUUGGUUAUCAGGGGUGGCGAUGGGAAUUGUUCGCAGGAGCCUUUUACCUAUGCGAGCGUCUUUACCGAGAAGUUCGGGCUAAGCGUACCACUAAGAUUACUCGGGUGGUUCGCCAUCCAUAUGACGUUGUGGAAAUCCAGUUCGAGAAGCCUUCUUUCAAGUACAAGGCUGGCCAGUGGCUCUUCCUACAGGUCCCCUCAGUCUCCGGCUACCAAUGGCAUCCGUUUACUAUCACAUCUUGCCCAUACGAUCCCUACGUCUCGGUCCACGUUCGACAGGUUGGAGAUUUCACCAAGGCAUUAGGUGAUGCAGUUGGUGCUGGUAGCGCACAAGCCAAACUGUACGAAGGUGUCGACCCUAUGGGAAUGUACGAAGUCGCUUUACAGAAUGGACAGCAAAUGCCCUUGCUUCGAAUCGACGGGCCGUACGGUGCGCCCGCCGAGGAUGUGUUCGAGAACGAAAUUGCCGUGCUCAUUGGUACGGGUAUCGGUGUGACGCCAUGGGCCUCUAUCCUGAAGAACAUCUGGCACUUACGCAACAGCCCGAACCCACCCAGACGUCUCCGCCGUGUCGAAUUUAUCUGGGUAUGCAAGGACACUGGCUCUUUCGAGUGGUUCCAGACUCUCCUAUCAUCCCUCGAAUCUCAAAGUAACGAGGCGGCUCAAAUUCCCGGUAGCAGCGGCGUAGAGUUUUUGAAGAUUCACACCUACUUAACCCAGAAGCUCGAUAUGGACACGACGCAAAAUAUCGUGCUAAACAGUGUCGGUGCCGAUUAUGAUCCCUUAACGGAACUUAAGGCGCGCACAAACUUUGGUCGACCCAACUUCCUAAGGAUGUUUGAAGCAAUGCGGGAUGGAAUUGUGGAUCGAACAUACAUCACUGGUCUAGAGGGUAGCAUGCAGACAACAGUCGGUGUAUACUUCUGCGGUCCUGCUGUAGCCGGUAAGUCCUAAAUCCUUUUUACUCACGAAUUAUCACUGAUUU